AUGGCGGCAAAUCAGAGGGCUACAAAUGCUGCGGAGCUCUACCCUCUUGUUAUGGCAGAUGUCAUCGACGCCGCCCGUACCACCUUUGAAGACGCUGGUAUUUCCGUCUCCCUUCUCGCCGAGCUCGAAUCGCUUUGGAAGCAGAAUCUCACAGAAGCAGGUAUCGGCGAGCUCUUCCCCUGGGAGUCUCAGCCCCCUUCUACUUCCUCUUCCCCGGAACCUGAGCCUGAGCCUGUGCAAAAGAGGCUGGGCGGGCCGCGGCGUAUCCUGCGGCCACCAAGUCCAACGCCGCCUGUGUCAACGGAAAUACCCCCGCACCCGAUGCUAUCUGUUCCCACCACAGCUGCCAAACCGGAGCUCCCGCCAUCCUUCACCUCGCAUAUUCUCAGCACGCACACAAAGUCCGAGAUCGCGCACAUGGAGCAUAUGAUGCGGCGCUCGCGUCAGCUCGCCGACUCCAACGACCCAAACGAGAUGGACCGUAUGAUGGCAUCGAUCCGCAGUCAGGAGCGCUUGCGCCUCCUGAGGGAUGCGGGCGAAAGAGAGGACAUUGAGCGUCGCGAACGCGCGGAGGCGGCGCGGAACUAUGAAGCCCGCCUUCGCGCAGACCGGUAUCUUGAGUCACGGAUGCCACCAACGCUGAAGGCCAAUGCCAUUGACAUUGCUAGAGCGGCGGCAGCGGUUUCUGCGGCCUCAAGCAUCUGCUCGCGGGAUUCAGCGGCCAUCAAUAGGGCCGAGAGCCAGAGUCGGACUGCGGCCGCAAUCGCUGCAAGGAAUAACGAGGCGAGAGCUAUUAUAAGGAAUCACGAGACGAGGUUUGCUGCGGCGACCGAUUCCAGGGGUACAUAUGAGCGCCGUGUGAUUCCGCCGGCGAUGGCGGCCCCGAUUCCACCACCGACUACAGGAAUGGAGUUCACUGGGUUCGCGGAAACGUACCGGCAGCGUGUGGCCAGUGCGCAGAUGCAGCGAAAGCAAAUCCCUCCUCAGUUGCCUCUACAAGGGACCACAUUGAUUGGUGGUAACAAUACCAGGCCCGCCCAGGCCGAGCAAUCACAGGCGCAAGGAGCCUCCUCUAUGCCCGUCGGCAUCUCGGAUGAUCAAUGGGCAUUCCUCAACACUAUCCAAAAGCCCAUGCCGCCCGUGCAGCAGCUCACCGACAGCGCGUCACAGCAGACCGGCGGCAUCCGUUUAACCGCGAAAGGGGAGCUCUACUGGGACAGCACCCUUCCCUUUCAGUCAUAUAGCAGUGACGCCUCGCCCACCGACUCAUACAUCUGGAAUCCUGCCACGGAGGUACCCAGAGAAGUACUCGCGGGGGCACCCACCGAAGCACCCACAGAAAUACCCACAGAAACACCCACAGAAAUACCCACAGAAACACCCAUGGCCAUCCCUGAAGUGACCGAUAGCAACCAGCCUGCCCCUGAGUGGGAUAUCAAUCCCGAGCUACAGGCACUCGUCGAUCAGGUCUUUCCACCCCAUCUCGCCGGUGAGGUCUUCCCGCCUUACCUGAGUCAGGAUUUUCCCCAGCUCGACGGUAAUGAUGACAACGACGAGACCGAACUCGACGAGAACGACGACGAGAGCAGACUCGACGAGGACGACGAGGCCAUCGGCCCCUACGGCGAGCGCGAUGAGGACGACGAAAGCAACGACGAGGAAGACGAUGACGACGAGGAGGACGGCGAAAACUCAGUCGUCUGCCUCUACGAGGUCGUCAAGAAGAGCAAGGUCAAGCGCGGGGGAACAAUCUGGAAAUUCCUGCUCAGGAAUGGCGUCUAUAUGGCGGCGGAUGGGCAGGAGUAUCCUUUUUCCAGGGGCUCUACGGAGCUGGUUUGGUAG